AUGGGUUUGAAACAUGUUCUAGUUCUGCCAUUUCCAGCACAAGGGCAUGUGAACCCUUUAAUGCACUUAGAACACAAACUAGUUCAACAUGGCUGCAAAGUUACCUUUGUGAACACUGAGUUCAACCACAAGAGAGUUCUUUUUACAAUGAACGGUAAGGUUACUCUUGAUGGUUCAGAAGUGGAGCUAGUCUCACUUCCUGAUGGGGAUGUUGGGAGUAACAGAAUCACAAGCAUAGUUUGUGACACAUAUAUGGCAUGGGGCUUGGAAAUAGCACAAAAGCUUGCAAUAAAAGUGGGCCUAUAUUUUAUGGCUAUAACUGAAAGUGGGCCUAUAUUUUUGAAAGUUGUAGAUUGUUCAGAUGAGAUCAAAGACAAGGAUUAUGUUGCAAAGCAAAUAAGAGAUGUGAUAAGAGAAGUCGGUCUCUCAAAUGUAGUGCAGAUUGUGACUGAUAAUGCGCCGGUUUGUAAAGUGGUUGGUUUAUUGAUUGAAGCUAAAUUUCCAUCUGUUUAUUGGACUCCUUGUGUUGUUCAUACUCUCAACCUUGCUUUAAAGGACAUUUGUGCAGCUAAGAAUACAGAGAAGAAUAAUUUUGUUUAUCAAGAAUGCUCAUGGAUUACUCAAAUUGCUGAAGAUGCUUCUUUUAUAAAAAAUUUCAUUGUUAAUCAUCAUAUGAGGUUAUCUAUUUUCAAUGAAUUUAAUACACUAAAGUUGCUUAAUGUUGCUCCUACUCGAUUUGCUUCUACUAUUGUGAUGCUCAAAAGAUUUAGGUUGUUAAAGCAAGGCCUCAAAGAGAUGGUUAUAAGUGAGAAGUGA